UUUAUUUCGUUUGUGUUCGCACUCGUGUGCAAUAAAAGUUUGGUGCAAAAGAAAUAAAAAUUGUUUUAUUUUUUGUUCUGUAUUAUUAAGAAAUAUUCCAUAUAAUGAUAACGAAUUACAAAAUAGUUAAUUUGCGAAAUUAAAAGCAAAGUUAAAAAAAUUGAAGCAAAAUCGUUUGUUGUAAUCAAAUUGAAAAGUGCAAAAAAUAUAAAGAAAAAAGUGAGAAGUUACGCAAAUUUUAGUCAAAAAAUUAGCAAAAGUUAUAAUUAAUUGUUUUUGAAAUGGGUGACUCCACCUCCACCACGUCAAAUGGUCCACGCGUCGUAACUAUUUACAAAACGGAAACGGGUUUUGGUUUUAAUGUGCGUGGACAGGUGUCCGAGGGCGGUCAAUUGCGGCCGAUCAAUGGAGAGUUAUACGCUCCUUUGCAGCAUGUAAGCGCUGUGCUGGAAAAUGGUGCUGCCGAAAAAGCAGGCAUCAAAAAAGGAGACCGUAUUUUAGAAGUAAAUGGCACUCGAGUGGAAGGUUCUACCCAUAAGCAAGUUGUGGAUUUAAUAAAAUCAGGUGGAGACUGUUUAGUAUUAACUGUUAUAUCAGUAACACAACAAGAAGCUGAAAGACUGGAACCUCAAGAAGAUCAAAGUGGCUACUCCUAUAUUGAUUAUUCUGACAAACGUUCAUUACCCAUAAGUAUUCCCGACUACACUACUGUUAAUCGCAAUGGCGAACGCUACAUUGUUUUUAACAUACACAUGGCUGGACGUCAAUUGUGCUCUCGUCGAUAUCGUGAAUUCUCAAAUUUACACUCAAUAUUGCGUAAAGAAUUUGUCGGCUUCAAUUUCCCGAAACUGCCUGGCAAAUGGCCAUUCCAGUUAAGCGAACAACAACUGGACACGCGACGACGCGGCUUAGAACAGUACUUGGAAAAGGUGUGCGCAGUACGCGUUAUAGCAGAGAGCGAUGCAGUGCAGGAUUUUCUAACUGAUUCAGAAGAUGACAUGUCUGCAUCACCGGUUGAUAUAAAAGUAAUGCUACCUGAUCACGAGAUUUGUACGGUUUCAGUAAAGAAAUCUUCAAACGCUAAAACGGUUUGGGAUAUUUUGGUGCAGCGCGCUAAUUUCACUUCCUAUACGCAGCAAUAUUUUUACCUCUUUGAAAUUGUUGAGUACAACUUUGAGCGUAAGCUGCAACCUCAUGAAUUGCCACAUCAAUUAUACGUACAAAAUUAUAGUACCGCAUCCAGUACCUGCUUGUGUGUACGCCGCUGGCUAUUUUCGAUAAAUAAAGAACUUUCGCUACCAGAUGGAGAACAAGCGGCGAGGUUCAUAUUUUAUCAGGCAAUCGAUGAAGUAAAUCGUGGUAAUAUACGCGCUGAAGGUCGUCUAUAUGAGCUGAAAGCAUUACAGGACGGUAAAAAGGCUUCUGAAUAUUUAGCACUCGCGCGAAUAUUGCCCGGUUACGGUGACGUUGUGUUUCCACAUUGUUCCUGUGAUAGUCGCAAAGAAGGACAUGUUGUUCCAGCAGUUGGCAUUAAAAGUUUUCGUUUGCACGCGUGUCGUGAGGACGGUUCCUUGGAGGCCCAAAUGGUAGAGUUAACAUGGGAUACAAUCACUCGCUGGGAGAGUGAUGAAGAAUCAAUGUCAUUUUGUUUUCAAUAUAAUCGUUCAGAUAAACCGGCUCGUUGGGUGAAAGUCUACACACCAUUCCAUGCUUAUCUCGCUGAUUGUUUCGAUCGAAUAAUGGAAGAGCGUAAGUGGGAGGAUAGCGGUGACUAACGACUAAACUUACAUUAGCCAUAAUUCGAAUUUAAAUUGUAUAUUUUAAAAAUGAUUUUUUUUCUAUAUUUGCUGAUAUUUAUUUGCAUAAGUUGCAUAAGUAAUAGAACACACGCCUCUUUACUCUCAAAUGCUCUCAAAUCCACACAACAGCUUAGAUUUAUAAGUAUAAGAAACUAU